AUGACAACAUUGAAACCGUUACCCGCAGCAAAAGGCAAUGGGCCGAUCUACUACGACGAGGUUCUAGAGGUCUACGGGAUUGAGAAAAUCAAGCCCAAGGGUGAACACACACCACGUGAGGCUCAGGAAGCAUUGAAGAGACAUAUUAGCGACAAAAAAGCCGGGAAAGCCAAAGUGGUUGCGAAAGUUGAUGCUCUUAGUUUUAAGAAGAAGGGCAUGCAUGGCAAUUUCAAAUUGAAGGAGAUUCCCUAUGAUGCAGUGAAGGGCUUUUAUCAAUUUGCGGAAAAACCUAACUUUGUAAUCAUUGGAGUAUUGGGGAAGGAUCUUCCCAAACAAUACAUCGUCCUUGCCGCUCCCAAAGCGGAAAAGUUGGACAGACUCUUCGACGUAAUCCAAACAUCCCAAUGGGCUCCAGGACACAAACUGAACAAGCCAGUCCCUCCGGUGGAUCCUGCUUCGAUCGUUGUUGUUGGAGCAGAAUCAGAGAGUCCGACUUUGCGAACCCAUUCAGAAAGUCCAGUUCCUUCUCGGACUUACGAAAGUCGCAAAUCAAUGUCAUCAGAAUCAUCACCUGUUCUACAGCACCAAAUGUUAGAGUCUCCCACAGAAAUUUCUAAACCCAUAUCUUACCGAUCCAAAACCUCACGAAGUCCAAGCCCGCAACCGAUGCCAUCGCGUGGGAGAACAGAAUCAAGAACUUCAGCAGUCUCCUACGCUUCAAAAUCCACUGUGCCUCCGUCUCUAUCAAGCCACCAUCCUCCAGCUACUCGAUCAAUUUCGAGCUCUUCAUCCUCUUCUGAACCAAAUGCGAUGCAAAAAAGCCGAAGAUCCGUUACCAUAAGCAGAACUGCAAGUAUAACAACUCCAGUUACUUACGAUCCAUCUACCAGAGCCACACCAUCUUCUGUCCUUGUUUCUUAUAAUAGUCCUGUGGAAUGCAAUGAAACCAAAGACCAGUUUGUGGUCUACAGACCGGCGAAGUAUAGGGCCUCUAGGGCUAAGUCAUUUGACUUUGGUGGAGCGGUGGAUCAGAGUCGCAGAAGCUCUAGCUCCGACAGUUCAUCGGACGAAAAGGACACCAAUAAAGCUCAGUCGGGAAUAAAAAAGUCCAAACACACUGGCAAAAAGGACCAGAAACCAAAGCAUAUAUCUGCCCCUUGCAAGUCCAAGAACGAUGAAGAGCAGUUAUCUUCAAAGAUUUACUACUUCCGUGCAAACAGAGAAGAUUUUAGUAGUAGCAACAGUGACAGUGACAGUGACAGCGUGGUUGAAGACAUUUAUAUGGUAAACCGUGUUACUUCAAAACCCCAACCCAAGAAAAGUGUACCAAAGAGGAGGAAUCGGAGAUCCAGCUCCUCUUCGUCGUCGUCGUCGUCCUCCUCCUCCUCUUCGUCAUCUUCGUCGGUAGCACCUUCUCAGAGGUCCAGGGACUCAUCAAUUUACCGCAUAGUGCGCUACUAA